CGUGUAUUUAAUACUAUACAAUUUCUUAGUAGUAUGACGUGUUCGUGACGUUUUAUUUCUACGAAAUUUUUUGCGAAUCCAAUUUAUAUUAACAUUAGUUACUAUAAUCAGUUGUAAAGUGACAUUAAGUAAAAUAACUAUUGAAUAUAAUUAUUUCGAAUUUUAUACUUUAUAAAAAUAGACAUUAAUUUAAAGAUGUCAUUUGUAUCGCCUAUGCCUAGUCGAGAAUUCCUCUGGGAUGUUUUUCAAAGAGUUGAUAGAGACAGAUCUGGUGCAAUUACUGCAGAUGAAUUACAACAAGCUCUUUCAAAUGGAACAUGGACACCAUUUAAUCCAGAAACAGUGCGUUUAAUGAUUGGUAUGUUUGACAUUGACAAAACUGAUCCUGAUUCUUCAGGUAUGUUCGAUAAAAAUCAAAAGGGUACAGUUAGUUUUGAAGAAUUUGGAGCUCUAUGGAAAUAUGUAACAGAUUGGCAAAAUUGUUUUCGAUCAUUUGACCGGGACAAUAGUGGAAAUAUUGACAGAAAUGAAUUAAAAACAGCUCUUACAAAUUUUGGAUAUAGAUUAUCAGAUCAAAUUAUAGAUACUCUUAUACGCAAAUAUGAUAGAGCUGGUCGUGGAACUAUAUACUUUGAUGACUUUAUUCAGUGCUGUAUAGUUUUAUAUACUUUGACUGCUGCCUUCAGACAAUUGGAUACAGAUCUAGAUGGUGUUAUUACAAUUCACUAUGAACAAUUUCUAGGCAUGGUAUUCAAUCUUAAAAUAUAAGUCAUUUUUGUGCUUCAAUGUUAUUCUUGCCUAAUUUGGCAUUAUAUUAUUAUACAAAUACAAAUUAUUUCAUGCCAGAUUUAAAAAUAUGAAUUUAUUCAUAAAAAAACUUUUCAUAUUAAAAUUAAAAUCUCAUAUGUUUAAUAUGCUUGUAUAUGUAAAUCUUAAUUAAGAAAUCACAAAUAAUCAGUUGUAUGUAUAUAUAAACAUUCCUAAGAAAUAUAUACGUAUAUUUAAAUUUGAUUAUAAACAUAAACAUUUAAUUUUUAUUCUCUGUUUGUUAUAGAAAAAUAAAAAUAAUAAAUAUUUAAUUAUUCAUUAGAUUAUUGAAAGAAAACAAAUAUUUAAAAAAAUAAAUAAUAGAUUUUAAAAAUAGAAAAUAUUUCAGUUAAAAAAAAAAAUAUGCAAGAUCGUCUAUAAUAUAUAUUUUUAAACAAUAAUUUUCAUUAAAAUGUAUAAAGAAAAACAAAUGUCAAUUAUAACACAAUUAUAACACAAUUAAAAAUUAUUUAUCAUAUUGUCUUUAGAUACAUUUCAAUGUUUUAAUACGUUUUAAUAUGUAUUAUAUUUUCUUAUUGCAGCAUUUCAAAUGAUAUAUAAGUCUUAUCUAAGUAAAUAAUUAAGAAUUUGAAAUUAUUUAAACUAUAUAUUCUUAAAAUAUCAUCAUAAAUAAUUAUUGUGUACUACUACUUCAAAUUAUGUAUAAAAUCUACAUUUCUGUAAUUUUCUAUCAUUAUUAAAUUAAUUAUAAACAUAUAUUUUAA